AUGGAACUGGAUGGAGACCAAACCACCAACAUGCCACCCAGGGAUCUAUUUGACUAUUCGAACGUGGUGACGUUCGCGGCCGGCGAAGGGAACAGUCUGCAGUAUUUCGCAUUCGACGGACCCCGACUCUGCUCUGAGUCUGCAUACUUCGACGAACGGCUGCAUGGAGGCUACCCGGAGACAAGGACUCGACAUUUCGAUUUCGCAGACAUCAGACCUGCCGUCCUUGCAUGCAUGCUGUGCUGGUACCGUGGCUGGAUUUGUGUCUACUGCGACGAGGACGAUGGUCAUGUAACUGAAGCAUGCUCCCUAGCAGAGAGAUGCCGCAUUCCGCGGUUCAAAGAGUAUCUAGUCGAGAAGAUGGAA